AUGGCGAUUAAUAAAGAUAAUGACAUGGAAGAAAACUCAGAAGUAACUAUUGAUGAAACAACACCGGUUGUUUCUCGGGCUCAAUCAAAUUAUAGUACACAACGAACGAAAUUAUUAAUUGCACCAACAAAAUAUGGAGAGAAUCGGGCACAAUAUUUAUGGAGAUUAUUACGAUGCUCGAUUCGCCGAACAAUUGACGCUGUUUCACGAGCUGAUGAUACCGAUAUUGAACGAUCACAUGGUCUACAUUUUGUACGAAAUAUAAACCAUGAUAUUCAAGUUAAAUGUAUUUCAUUCAAUAUUAAACGAAAAGAAAUCAUCAGUAUUGAUCAUAAAAAAAUUGCUCGUAUAUAUUAUUCUGAUGGUCGAGCAUAUAGAAAAUUAAAACUUGAUAUAGAAUUUGAUCAAUUAUUUUAUUGUACAAGUGAAGAUGAAUUUAUUGCUUGGUCACGUUGGUCAAGAGAAAUUCAUGUACUUAGUUCUGAUCUUGAAAUUUUAUCAACAUCAACUUGUGAUUAUAAUAUUGGUGAUUUAAAUUAUAAUGAAAUAACAUCAGAUGUAUUUACUUGUGGAAGAGGUGUUACUGUUUGGCAAUUUCGUUAUAAUCGAAAACAUCUAUUACCUAAAUUUGAAUGUCGAGAAGGUUAUACAGAUGAUAUAGAGUUUAGUAUAAUGGCUGUUCAACAAACCGAUAGUUCUGUUCAAAGAUUAUUUGUUACAUCGGGUUAUGAUGUUUUGACUUUUAAUGUAGCGGAUGAAGGAAAAGUUUUUUCAACCAAACAAGAUUUACAUGUUCGACCGAUUGUAGCAAUGCUUUUUGUUGAACUACGUGAUGUUCUUGUUACAGCCGGUCGUGAUGGAUCAAUUAAAGUUUGGGAUAGUCGUUGGUUUAUUUUAUAUGCUUAUGUUGGUCAUCAAGAUCGAGUAUUAUUUUUAAGUAAACACCCAUUUGGACCUUAUGUUAUUUCAAGUAGUCAAGAUCGAACAAUUCGUGUAUGGAGUCUUGAAUAUGGUGAUGUUGUUGAUGUUAUUAAAGUGCCAGAACCAAUAACUCAUAUGAAUGUAACGCGAAAUUAUGAAAAAUUUAUUGUAACAUCAACUAAAUGUUUACAAUUAUGGUGUAUCAAACAUUAUUGUGAUUUUUUAAGUUUUAUUGGCUCACCUAUUGUAAAAAUAAUUUGUACAACACAUCCAGAUUAUCCAACACGAUCGACUCUUUUAUGUAAAGAUUCAACUAUACGAAUAGUUGCUACUGCUACUGGUAAUAUAUUAACAAGUCUUGUUUGUGAUUUAAGUUUUAAACCUACAUCAUGUGCUUAUGCAGUUGGUGAAAAUACACUUUUUGUUAGUAAUGGUCAUAUACUUAUAAAAGCAGAUACAUCAUUAAAUCCUUGUAAAAUUGCUCAACAAUUUGAUAUAACGGAAUAUUCAAUUAAUUGUUUAUUAAUCUAUGAAUAUGUAGCAAAGAGUAAUAUGGAAGAAACACCAAUGCUUAAAGCAUUAGUAACAAAACCAAGUAGUGAAUUAAUACAUAUUGCAUUAAAAGGUUUUAGUCGAACGUUACUAAUUGCUGGAUUAAGUAAUGGUUGUGUUGCUGUUUUAAAAUGGCAUACUGGAGAAAUUGAUUUCUCUUUGGAUGUAAGUCUAGAAAUAAAUCUUUAUGAUCAACAUUACACUUAUAGAAAUAUUACUUCACAGAUUCAACAAAAUCUUAAAGGAGCUCUUGUAAUGCAAUUAGAAGAGGUUGAUUACUAA